AUGCGUUUUCCGUCUAUUUCCUCGCUUCUCUGCUUCGCGGGCCUGGUCGCCUUACCCGUGAAUGCCUACGACGACCCAAAUAUCAAGAGCAUCCCCCUUCGCACCCACAGCCUCUCUCCGCCAUACCUCGAUUCGGAUUUCCAAAGCCGCUGGUUCGACUUCGGAGGAGAUACAGUAAUCCGAGCUGACAAAUACGUCCGCCUUACGGCUGAUCGGCCAUCGCAGCAAGGAUGGAUUGCCUCCCGCGUGCCUCUGACCGCAACCAAUUGGCAGAUUGAGCUCGAGUUCGAGAUCCACGGCACCGGCAACUUGCAUGGCGAUGGAUUUGCGCUCUGGCUCACCAAGGAGCGCGCCACGCAGGGCCCUGUCUUCGGUUCGACAGAUAAAUUCGAAGGUCUCGGUAUCUUCUUUGACACCUAUAAAAACAACCGCCCCGGUGUUUCGUUCCCUUACGUCAUGGCUAUGAUGGGUGAUGGGCAGACCACCUACGACCAGGCGCAUGACGGCAAGGCGAACGAGCUGGCCGGUUGCUCUGCUCGUGGCCUCCGCAGCGCCCCUGUCCCCACCAAAGCCCGCCUUACCUACUUCCAGGACAAGUCCCUGUCCCUGGAGCUGCAGUACAAGAGCGAAGACUCAUGGACCGAAUGUUUCAAUCUUUCCGCCGAGGAUUCCAACAUCGCCAUCCCCUCCGUCGCAUACUUGGGCCUCUCCGCUGAGACCGGUGAGCUGAGCGACAACCACGAUAUCAUCUCUCUCAAGGCGGAGAACCUAUACUCCCUUAACCGCGGCAAUAGCAACAAAGGCAAGACCACGGAAGACCGGUCCAAGGGCCGUGUUCGCUCCUCCCCCAGGCCUGUCAAGGAGAAGAGUAGCUGGACCUGGUUCCUCUUCAAGACCGUGCUGUUCUUCGCCGUUAUUGUUGGUGGUUACUUUGGCUGGACGGUCUACCGGGCCAAGGCCCGGUCAUCGCGUUUCUAA